CUUUUGUAAAGUAUCUCUACCUUUUACUUAUAUCAAUACUUAAGAGCUUUUUACUGACCGGAAUUGGUAUCUGGUCGAACAUAACAAGAUUGUUAUAACAAAUAAUACUCUACUAAUUGCAUAAACAAUAUGAAGGACAACUAAUGAUGUUCAAAGUCAACUGGUUGACUUUUAUUAUGAUUGAUUCUUAGACGGACUACGCACACAACUCUUAACUCUUAAGCUUUCACCCAUUUGACUUUGAAACUCUCUCUUAAGGCCUCUCCCUGUGAUUUCCAAAGCCAAUCAAAGUCAACUUCGUUGCCACUUUCCGGUUUUUUUUUUUCCAAGAGAAAUGGGGAUGACUCUAGGAAAGCCAUUUUCAGGUUUUUUCCAACAAAUCGAACCGAGAAUAGUGUUGUUUGGUCUUGACGGUACCGGAAAGUCAUCAAUAGUGCACAAACUCAAAACCGGAGAAACCCUUACCACAAACAUUCGAACAAUUGGAUUAGAGGUGGAAAGCAUAAAAUACAGAGACUCAACCUUAAGCUUUUGGGAAGAGGGUGGCCAACUGCGUUACAAGAUGAUUCCAUUAUGGAAACAUUGCAUCCAAGAAGUAGCAGGACUUGUGUUUGUAGUCGAUAGCACAGACAGAGAUCGAAUCGAAGAGGCAAAAUAUUUUCUUAACAUGGUGAUUGAUGAGAUACAAGGGAAUGUGCCGGACAGUGUGGCUGUUCUUGUAUAUGGAAACAAGCAUGACGUUCCUGGUGCUAUGUCUGCUUCAGAGAUCACAAACAAGCUUGAUCUUGCUUCUCUUCGUAACAAAAACUGGCAGAGAAACUGGCAUACACAGAGCUCAUGUGCACUCUCUGGUGAAGGUUUACAUGAAGGACUCGACUGGCUCUUGAAAAAUGCUGGAAGAAUGUAAGUUUUGUUAUUGCGGAAUCGCUGUACCGAAUAUAGCCAUCUUCUGUUUCAAGUUAUUAACCUUGUCGUGCUGAUUCGCAAGCUCCAUCAACAACUUGAUCCUUUUAAAGGAAACAUUACUCGGUCUAUGACCUUUCUCAACCAUCUCAAGCAAACACUUCUCAGCUUCUUCGACUUUAGCC